AUCAAAUUGGGGUCGGCUAGAAACUCAGACCCCGUGGAAAAGGUCAGUCAGACUGAAACCCAAGCCAACGGAGCCGAACUAUCGGCGACCCAGCCGUUUCUACCAUCUGUGUCACUAGGAUGGAAAUUUGAUCUGGAUCUCAGCCUAUUGGUGACCGACUAG